AUGAAGAUUCGAAGUACAGCCUUCUUGGCAACUUUGCUUUCAUCUCUGCUGACGACUGGAGAUGCUUUCCAAACGGCGGCGGUUCCACCAGGAGGAGCACGCAAUGCUUUGGCAAGCCCAUCUGCGGGACAAGCUUCUCUAGCUGCUUCAUCCACAGCAGAUGCCGAAUCGUCACCUUGUGCUGGCCGAAACGAUGCGAUCCCAGAAUCUGUCACCGCGCAAUCCCUUCGUAGCGCCGUUUUGACCAACGUGGAUGGAGAGUUGGUUCGGCUUGACGAAAAGAUGGGAAAGGGAACCUCCAUUGUUGUCUUCCUUCGCCAUCUAGGGUGA